AUGGUGGCCCCAAAGACAAAGAAGACCCAUGAGAGCAUCAACACUAGGCUCACUCCCGUCACGAAGAGUGGCAAGUACACUCUUUGCUACAAGACCGUCAUCGAUGCCCGUUGCAACUCCAAAGGGAAGCUAACUAUCAUUUCCAACAAUUGCCCACUUUUGCGGAAAUCUAAAAUCGAGUACUAUGCUAUGCUCGCUAAGGUUGGCGUUCACCACUACAAUGGAAACAAUGUUGAGCUUAGGACAACAUGUGGAAAGUACUUGUUGGUGUCUUGUCUUAGCAUCAUUGAUGCAGGUGAUUCGGAUAUUAUCAAGACGCUGCCUGGUGGUUAGUGAAGGAAAGUAGAAUGAUGAUACCUCUAUGUUGAGUCUAGUGUUUUGUUUAGAGACUUGUCUUUUCUUUUCUUUGAAAGAAAUGCUCAAUUUUUUUUUUUUUUAACAAAAAAAUAAAAUUGAAAACU